CUCAAACUCUAAAAUCAAUCUCUCAAAUCUCUCAACCGUGAUCAAGGUAGAUUUCUGAGUUCUUAUUGUAUUUCUUCGAUUUGUUUCGUUCGAUCGCAAUUUAGGCUCUGUUCUUUGAUUUUGAUCUCGUUAAUCUCUGAUCGGAGGCAAAUUACAUAGUUUCAUCGUUAGAUCUCUUCUUAUUUCUCGAUUAGGGUUCGUAUUUUUCGCAGAUCUGUUUAUUUUCUUGUUGUUUCCUUGUAUUUGAUCCGAUUUGUUGAAAGAAUUUGUGUGUUCUCGAUUAUUUACGCUUUGAUCUGUGAUUUUUAUCUAGAUUUGGUGUUAGUUUCUUGUUUGUGCGAUCGAAUUUGUCGAUUAAUCUCGGUUUUUCUGAUUAACAGAUGCAGAUCUUCGUUAAGACUCUCACCGGAAAGACUAUCACCCUCGAGGUGGAAAGCUCUGACACCAUCGACAACGUUAAGGCCAAGAUCCAGGAUAAGGAAGGUAUUCCUCCGGAUCAGCAGAGGCUUAUCUUCGCCGGAAAGCAGUUGGAGGAUGGCCGCACGUUGGCGGAUUACAAUAUCCAGAAGGAAUCCACCCUCCACUUGGUUCUCAGGCUCCGUGGUGGUAUGCAGAUUUUCGUUAAAACCCUAACGGGAAAGACGAUUACUCUUGAGGUGGAGAGCUCUGACACCAUUGACAACGUCAAGGCCAAGAUCCAAGAUAAGGAGGGUAUUCCUCCGGACCAGCAGAGGUUGAUCUUCGCCGGAAAGCAACUUGAGGACGGCAGAACUUUGGCGGAUUACAACAUCCAGAAGGAGUCUACGCUUCAUUUGGUCUUGCGUCUGCGUGGAGGUAUGCAGAUCUUCGUAAAGACUUUGACCGGAAAGACCAUCACUCUUGAAGUUGAGAGCUCCGACACCAUUGAUAACGUGAAGGCUAAGAUCCAGGACAAGGAAGGCAUUCCUCCGGACCAGCAGCGUCUCAUCUUCGCUGGAAAGCAGCUUGAGGAUGGACGUACUUUGGCCGACUACAACAUCCAGAAGGAGUCUACUCUUCACUUGGUCCUCCGUCUCCGUGGUGGUUUCUAAACCUUGUCUCUCUCUCUUAUGGUUACUGAACCAAGUUCAUGUAUCGUUUCAUCUAGUACUUUGGUGGUUUAUGUUUUGGGGCCAUGUACAGCCUCUGAUAAAUAAUUGAUCGACUAUGUUUCCGUUUCUUUCAUCUCUCUUUUCUUUCAAACAACAAAUCGAACUUAUUCUCUAUUGCAAUUAUCUCUUUCGAUUCACUUUUGUCAUCGUUGUCUCUUUAUAUGAUGUGCUUAGUUUGAUGAGUGUGAGAAGUACAGAGUCUCUAUC